AAGACGGAUGUUCUUAUGUUGCUCAUCUCUUGCAUUGACAAAAUAUGCUUUGUGCUAAUGCACCUCAAAGAAUCACAGAGAAGGCACCGCGGAAGAAGAAGAUCAAAGUUGGAAAGAAGUUUUCAAAGUAUGUCUCGCUGAAGGUAAAUAUAGCAUGCGAUCAUGUGAUCAUUUCGAUCUUUGAAACAGUUGUUUGUAUAUAUUUGCUGUGAAAUUUGACUAAUACGGACCACAUAUAGAUUCCAAUUUCCGUAGUUCAAUCCAUUCAUUUGAAUCUAAACAAUACACUUUACAACUCCCUCACUAAAACCUGUCAUUGUGGAGUAAAGUUCCAUCGAACUUUAAAGUAUUUCAUCCAAUGACUCCAAACACACACAUGGUACAUUUGGAUGAAGGACUUUAAAGUUUCAUGGGACUUUGGCUAAAUUAAUUAGGAAUGCAGGGACUUGAAUAUGACUCGAUGCUCUAUAUUUAAAAGAACUUUCAAAUUACACCGUCCUUUAUUCUAGUAAUUAGCAGCAUGGUUGUAUUACAUCUAGUCAUUUUGAAAGAACUUUCGAGCUCCAUGGCGUUAUGAUUAGUAAAUUUGUAUUGCAUUUGUAGUGUUUAGUUAGCUUUGUAGUGCAUGAGUAAUUAAUUGGUAGUGUUCUUAUAGUAAUUUAGUAAUAGCUUUGCAUUUCUACUCACGCCUUUCUCUUACUUACCACCAUUUACUGAUCCAUGGAACUGAAGUCUAUCUCUCACUGCCGAUUCUUGUCAAGCAAGGAAACUGAAAUUUGAAGCAAUGUUCGACUCCCUUCCUCAGGAAAUCACUCAUGAUAUCCUAUUUAGACUACCCAUUAAAUCUUUGAUCCAAUGCACCUCGGUGUGCAAGCCAUGGAGGUCCAUGAUCAUAAACCAAAGCUUCAUUCAGUCCCACCUUAGGCAAAAAAUCAGUUUCCAUAAUCAGAAUGACAUUCACCUCUUCCUAGUCCACAGUGUUUCUGGUCAUCUUAUAACUUCUGUUAGAACCCACCGCCACAGAACGGUUGUGUCCAAAAUAAGACAAGAGGUUUUUUCUGUGCAUUAUGAUAACCAGGAUUUUGACAAGAACUUCGAGAUAGAAUUUCCGAGUGCUCUCAAGGAAGAACUGAAGAAUGAAAUUCUUCGCGUUGUUGGUAUUUGUAAUGGUCUGGUAUGCUUUGCAGAUGAUAUGGCAUGUUAUGGUAACAGCUUCAUAAUAUGGAACCCAAUAAUUAGGAAGUCAGUAACCCUUCCCAAUCCUGGUAUUACUUUUCCCAUGUAUAACAGCAUUCCCAAUUAUGGCGGGUUUGAUGCUGCUAUUGGAUUCGGUUAUGAUGCGAUGACAUCUGACUAUAAGGUUGUUAGAGUUGCCACCCCUAAAAAUAAACUUCAAGGUCCAACCAUGGCUGAAGUUUAUUCACUAGCCACUGGCUCGUGGAGGAGUCUUGGUUCGGUUGCUCCUCAAUGUGCAAUAUAUGGAAGAGAAAAACACCUUUUUUUCAAUGGGGCUCUUCAUUGGCCUGCAGUAAGUAGGGCAAGGGAUGAUCAUUUCAUAUUGACUUUUGACGUAGGCAAUGAGUUAUUUUGCAAGAUGUCGAUGCCAUCGAGUGUCAUAUGGAGUUACAUAUUGGGAUUGUUGUUGUCUGUUUCGGGUGACAAAAAAUUUAUAGCUCUAUUUGUGAUGAACGCCGAUUCUAAAGAUUCUUAUCUUGAAAUAUGGGUGAUGAAGGAGUAUGGCGUGAAGGAGUCAUGGACCAAAUUGAUUAAUCUCGGUCCACAGGGUCCCGAAAGACUUUUUCCUCGGGCGUUAUGUUUCAGAAGGAACGGUGAAGUAUUAGUAAUGCUUCUUAAAGGAGGCAGGCAACUUGGGUUCGAGACCAAUAUAUCAAAGCAUGAACUUGUUUCCCUGGACCUUGUCAGCAAACAAAUGGAAAGUCUUGAGAUUUGUGGACCAUAUUGCUCUGUUGAUUCUUAUGAAGAGAGCCUUCUCUUACCGGACAAGACCGAUGCAGUUUCUCUUUAAGAAAAGAAACAGAUUUUGUAACAAGUUUUUGUGAGAUGUCCGAGGCGCCUAAUGUGCUGAUGCUGCAGCUUGAAACUAUGUACAUGUUGAAUUAUCUAUCAAAAGCUAAUUUUAUUUUUUAUUAUCAAU